GUGGGUGGAGGAGCCCAUUAGCCGCCCGGCAGAUGAGUCGCUGCACCGACGGCUCGCUUUUCUCCCCGCAGCUGACUCCGUGCCCUCUCCAGGUACACGCCUGACGCGCAGGUUCAUGCGAGACGAGCAGGAACGGCUGUCUCUUUCUAUCCGCGAUCAUGUCUGAGUUUCCUUCCAAAGUGAGCACUCAGACCAGCACUCCGGAGGCCUCUACGUCUUCGCACAGAGUGAUGGGAUUUGUCAGCCCGGACGUCGGCUUCCUGAAAUCCAUCCCGGGGAUCCUCAUGCUGGUGCAGAUUUGUCUGGGACUCCUCGUCUGGGCGUUAAUAGCCGACGCUCAUUACCAUCCGUUCGCGGCGUACGGCUGGGUCAUGUUCGUGGCCGUGUUCUGCUGGCUCGUCACGCUGAUCCUCUACGUCAUCUUCCUCCUGCAGCUGCACCACAAGAUGCCCUUCAUCCCGUGGCCCCUGCUGAUGCUCGUUUACCACGUGGCGGCCACCGUGCUGUAUAUCACCGGAUUCAUCACCUGCGCUGCCUCCGUAAAGUCUACGUCAUGGUAUCUGCCGGCUGAUUACAACAAGAAAGCAGCCGCCUCGUUCUUUGCCUGUUUGGUGAUGAUCUCCUACGGUGCCAGCAGCUUCUUCAGCUUCACGGCGUGGAGAGGAACGGGAAGUAACGCGGCCACCGCGCAGGCUUAGCCCCCCGGCGGGAGCAGCGCCCGGCCCGUUUCUCUGUAUAUACGUCUCUGGAGAGGCGCGGCCGUUCAUCGGUUUCUAUGAGCUCAUCCGGAGGACGCGGGCCGUCGGCAUGCUGCCCGCCAUGAACAUUUAUCCGCCGUGUGGGUGGCCUAAGAUUUUGCCCCCAGCUUUGGGACAUACGCACUAAAGUGCCUCUCGCUGCAGCAGGUAGGACUCUUUGCCUCGUGAUCACGUGGAACGCAGGCCCAGGGGCCGAGGGGGCCAACCCUGGAGGUAGAGCGCCGUGUCCAUCGCAGCAGGUCUGCUCCGUCUCGCCCUCUCUGUGCUGUUCAUUGAUCGUUAGUAAAGGUUCAGCUCUUGUGCUUACGUCAUGUUGAUUUAGCCCGGCUUGGAACGGCUGUGAUGUCACGGCCGUGAUGUCACGGCCUGUGCUUGCUCCGUCAGACCUCUAUAUAUGCGAUUGGCACGGUACGAUGUACAUUACCCCUAAAUUCACCCAGAAUCAGCCAAACACACACUUUGGGGACGGAGGGGCUUCCUCGCGUGUGUUCCUAACAUAGAACACACAGGGACCGGGGCCACAGCACUGCAUGUAGGGGGGGGGGCACAGCACUGCGUGGCGUUUAAACUGUUAAUGUUGCAUGUCGUCCAGAGCAUAAAAGACACGGUAAUCCCUCCAAAGACUAAUCAUGUUAAUAGAGGGAGACUUGGGCUCGCAGCACACGUAUGACGGCAUGAUCAGUAUAAAACAUACGGCAGCACACGGAUACAGAGAGAAAACCUUUACCUGCAGCCACCAAACCCUGUAAUAAGACGCUGUAUCGCCCGCGCGCCGCUCCCUCCUCCUCCAAAUAAACCGCAGGGCUUGUGACUCUCCUCCACGCUGUCCUUCUAUCUCCGGCCCGUCAGGGCAUCUGCCUGUAGACUCCAUUAAACCCGGGAUACUCUCUGACCGUCACCAUCGCACGUGACGCGGUAACGUGUACACGACCAGCAGGGGUUUGUAAAGACUCAUUCCUUUAUUUUAUAACAACAGAUAUACAACACAGUCCGUAUCUCGCCAGCUUCCCGUCUUAUAAAAACAGAAUUAAAUAAAAAGAAUACACAAAGCAAUACAAACGGGGGG